AUGACUCUGCGUACACGUUUUGAGAGCUCUGACGACGUUGGCGUGUUUGCCCGCUUGACGAACGCCUACUGUCUUGUAACUGCCGGUGCGUCACAGAAUUUCUACUCCGUCUUUGAGCAGGAGCUGGCGAACCACAUCCCAGUGGUGUAUACUUCCAUUGGUGGAUCCCGCGUGGUCGGACGCCUCUCAUGCGGCAAUCGCCAUGGACUUGUGGUGCCCUCGAUCACCACCGACCAGGAGCUGCAGCACCUGCGCAACUCUCUCCCGGAUUCGGUGAAAGUUCAGCGCGUAGAGGAGCGGCUCAGUGCACUUGGCAAUUGUGUUGUAUGCAACGACCACGUGGCUCUGAUUCACACAGACCUGAGUAGGGAGACGGAGGGAAUUUUGCGUGACACUCUACAGGUACAGACAUUUCGCACCUCCAUCGCUGAAAACGCUCUAGUCGGCAGCUACGCCGUGGUCAACAACAAGGGUUGCAUGGUGCACCCCAAGACCCCGGCACAGGAUAUGGAUGAGAUUGCGUCCCUUCUGCAGGUCCCUGUAGUGGCCGGUACAAUCAAUCGGGGCAAUGCUGCCAUUGGCUCCGGACUUGUGGUGAACGAUUGGGCGGCGUUCUGCGGAUUGAACACAACGGCCACAGAAAUUACUGUGGUUGAGCGCAUUUUCCAGCUUCGUAGGGAUCUUGGUGGGGAUGAGCCAAACUUGUUGCAGCAGUUGCGCGACACCCUGGUCGAUGAGUUGGCGUAG